AUUCUUAAUCACAGCCUAUUCGCAGUGUUGCCAUUUUCUCUGUUGAUAUUGCUGCCUCCCCCGCCCAUAGUUCAGUCCUACAUGGGACAUUCGGGGAAGCUAAUCGUGUUGACUGUCUAUAAACUUGAUGGCCAUCGGCAUCGCUUCCUUAUACCCUCUUUUCGCGCAAUUCUCCGUCUAAUAAAAUGCGCUUCCGGAAUCUGUUCAUUGUCAUUAGCUGCAUCGCGUUCGCUUUCCUCGCACUUGCAGAAGAUGCGACGUCCAUUGCCUCUGCCUCGGCCUCUUCCACUGUCUCUGCAACCGACAGCGAUACAAGCUCCCAGUCUGUGAGCAGUACAGCUGCGGCCAGCUCGUCGGACUCGGCGCAAGCAGCAACGACUACGUCAAGUGCUGCUACAUCAACAAUUAACCAUACCGCAACGACAAACUCAUCAACGCCGACUGGCACUACAGCGGCAAAUGCUACUGCGCCGACUGCCUCAUCAGACCCCGUAGACGGGCCAAAACAAGAUCCUAAUGUCCUUCCUCUUCAGCCGAAGAUCACGCCUGCUGUGGGGAUCGCAGGUGUCGUCCUCAUAGUACUAGGUGGCAUUUAUGCGCUGAUUGGGGUAAAGAAGAGAAGGCUCCAUAUAUUUCUUUCGACAGCUUUCUUGACCAGUUUAGGAGUGACGGUUCUUAUUGAAUAUGUUAUGAACCCUCCAGUGCGAGAUGCAGUUCAGGGGGCUUAUUUCGUCGCUAUCUUCGUUACUGGCGCCAUAUUUGGUGCACUGGCCCUGGUGUUCCGUGAAAUCACAGAGGGCCUUGGCUGCCUCUUGGGCGGAUUUUGCUUAAGCAUGUGGCUCCUCGAACUCAAAUCCGGUGGCCUCCUCACCAGCUCCGGCUCAAAGGGAGCGUUCAUUGGGGCGUUCUCUGCUGGCAUAUAUGCUGUGUCGUUCAGUCACUAUACGAGACCUUACGGCUUAGUUGUGGCUACUUCCUUCGCCGGUGCAACUGCCAUAGUCCUUGGGAUCGACUGUUUCAGUCGAGCUGGACUGAAAGAAUUCUGGCUGUACCUGUGGGAAUUGAACGCGAACACAUUCCCUCUUAAUACUAAUACCUACCCCGUAACACGCGGCAUCAAAGUCGAGAUUGCGCUGACUAUGAUAAUAUUUGCUAUGGGAUUAAUCUCACAAUUCAGACUCUGGAAAGUAGUCAAAGAGAGGAGAAAGCAGCAAGCUAUGAUGAAGUCGGAAGAGGAGAAGAAACGCGAGGAGCAUGAAGCGGAACUUGGAAGACAGAUCGAGGAAGCCAAUAUGCGAGAUAGAGCGCUCUGGGAGUCCGUCUAUGGCAACAAAGACGCCCAUCCUUCCGACUCUGGCAUAGACAUCGAUGCUUCGGACAGCCCGCGAAAGCGAUCUACAGCUAUAGAAACAACCGAAAUUGAUCCCAACGAUGACGCUAAUAAUGGACACCAGAGCUACAGAAACAGCAAUGAAACUGGCAGCGGAACGGGUGGUGAUCCAGAACAAGCUAAUGAUGAAGUGCGCGACGACGAGCAUCAUGUCUCCGGCGGGUAUGUGAACGAGCUGCCUGGCGAUUUCCCCCCGAGCGGUGAUGAGCAUCCAGCGUCUAUGCCCUUGCCGUUCAAGGCCCCAGAGGAGAAAUCGAGUAGUGAUGACGAUGAGAGAUCAGUCGCGGCAACUCUUUCCGGUUCCGACAUUCUGGCGCGACGACUAUCUACAGGGUUAUCGAGAUCUGCUGGGCACAACCCCAUGCUUACCUCUGAGUCUGAGGAGGCAUUGGUUGCGACAAAAGACGAAUCUCCAGCAUCUUCAGUAGCAGGAGUUCCAGAUGAGGAUGAAAGGGAUAUUGCUUCUGAAGUCAGCGAUUCUCCAGUGGGCAAUGAGAACGAGGCCAACGAGGCCAAUGAGGAUAACACUGUGCCUGUCGAGAUCGAGGGUCCCGCAAACCAAGACACCACGCAUGUGAAGUCGAUAUCGGAGUCUGCCUCUGGAGGGCCAUCUGAGUCCAAUGCUCAACCAAGUGAACAGUCGAAACCAGAAGCUGACGAAAGUGGCCGUGAGGAAAAGAAAAGGCCAGAUCCCGCUGAUGUUUUACCGGCGCGGCAGGUCCUUUCCUUGCUUCCAGUAUCUAGUCCGCCUCCCACUACAGGGCAGUCGGUGUCAGAGCAGGACGGCAAGAGUCAUUCUCGAGAAGGGACGGCGAUGGUGCCUUCACGAACAGCCUCGGAGAAACAAGAAGGUCAGUCUUCGGUCAGGAAAACAUCACUCACCGCGGACACGAUGACACAACUACCUGAUCGCGUCUCCAGAGUAGUUUCCUCCUAUCGAACAAACGAGUGGGCGAAGCAUCUAUCCGAAGCAGAGACUCCGGAGAUCGAACCCAUUCGGCCGAUAAUUGAGGAUAAACCUCUAGGCGAUAGCACGAAAGAGACGGUCGCGCCUGUUCAAGUGGAGGAAUUGCUGCAAACGCCGCUGACAGCGCGCCCCCCUCCGGCUGUUCCAACACCAAUUACCAUAAACCAACAAUAUGGCUUAACGAACAGCCUUUCCAUGUCGAGCAGGUCCAAGAGUAGAUCGCCAAGAUCUGUUUCUCCUGAGCCGAACAAGGAUCUCACAGGUCUCCGGAGGGCCUCAACUGGAGUAGCUCCGCCCCCUUUGACUCCUCUACUAAGAUCUGGAUCCAAUGCUUCUCUGGCAUCUCAACACAGUCUUUUGCAGCCUGGUUAUCGAAGACACUCCUCAAGCCAGCUUCUAAGCAAUACUCUCGCGGCAACUCCAAUUGAUGAAAGCAAGGAGGUCAAUUUCCAGAAGCCGCAAUACGGGAAGAGCCCUCAAUUGAUGACACAGCGUCAGAGCUUGAUCAGGAAUCGAGUAUCGUCGACUUCGCUAUCCCGUGACUCCUGGAUACCCCAUUCUGCCUCUGCCUCUAGACAGUCAUUGGGUUUGGGCAUCUCCUCGCCUGGGUUUGGAAGUCAGGCCAAUUUAAUUGAUGAUGAUGAUGACAUGCCACUCGCGAAGCGUCGAGAUAUGAUCCAGCAGCAGCGACUGACUCCAACACGGACCGAUGCUACAGGGGCCGCCUGGAGAGAGUCUAUUCGCCAGGACUUGGCGCGGACAACAUUGCCGUACUCAAGUUCGGCAUUUAGCCGUUCUGAACAUGACCAAGCUUGGACAGUCAGGCAGCAGCAGAUGAUGGCUGCGAACCACAUAGACCAGGCUAUUGCGCAGGGGAUGCAACGAGGCGAGCUGCGGGAUUUGCAUCGCGAGGCGAUGCGGCGGAUGCAAGCAGCCGCCUACAGAGCCGGAAACUGAGACCCCUUCGCCUUGAUGAUUCAUGAUUUUACCGAUUUUCACUACUUCAUUUCUCGGGUAUAUUAUUUUCUCAGACGGCGUUCUAGUGGUAUGGAAGACGCGCGAGAGGGACAAUCUUUGUGCAUGUUAUUGGGCGUCACGGGAUAUACUACUAUGCUUUAUGAUGUUUCUCAUUUGCGAAUUUUCAAGUGAUAUCCA